CCGAGCGCCGCCGCGACCGGAGCUGCCCCCCAGCCAGACCCGGCGAGACGCGGGCGGCGGGACGGAGGGAGGCGGCAGCGCGCCCGGCCCCGCCCGCCCGAGCCAUGGAGCCCGAGCCAGUGGAGGACUGUGUGCAGAGCACGCUUGCCGCCCUGUACCCACCCUUCGAGGCGACAGCCCCCACGCUGUUGGGUCAGGUGUUCCAGGUGGUGGAGAGGACUUAUCGGGAGGAUGCGCUGAGGUACACGCUGGACUUCCUGGUGCCCGCCAAGCACCUGCUUGCCAAAGUCCAGCAGGAAGCCUGUGCCCAGUACAGCGGCUUCCUCUUCUUCCAUGAGGGCUGGCCCCUCUGCCUGCACGAGCAGGUGGUGGUGCAGCUAGCAGCCCUGCCCUGGCAGCUGCUGCGCCCAGGAGACUUCUACCUGCAAGUGGUGCCCUCAGCAGCCCAAGCACCCCGCCUGGCGCUCAAGUGCCUGGCUCCGGGGGGUGGGCGGGUCCAGGAAUUGCCAGUGCCCAAUGAGGCCUGUGCCUACCUGUUCACACCCGAGUGGCUGCAAGGCAUCAAUAAGGACCGGCCAACAGGUCGCCUCAGCACUUGCCUACUCUCGGCGCCGUCCGGGAUUCAGCGGCUGCCCUGGGCAGAACUCAUCUGCCCACGAUUUGUGCAUAAAGGCGGCCUCAUGGUUGGACAUCGGCCAAGCACAUUGCCCCCCAAACUGCCCUCUGGACCCCCAGGGCUCCCCAGCCCUCCACUCCCUGAGGAGGCCCUGGGCACCCGGAGUCCUGGCGAUGGACACAAUGCCCCCGCUGAAGGACCUGAAGGCGAGUACGUGGAGCUGCUGGAGGUGACACUGCCGGUGCGGGGGAGCCCCACAGAUGCCCAGGGCUCUGAGGGCCUCCCCAGGACCCGGACAGUACCCACCCGGAAGGGUGCUGGAGGGAAGGGCCGGCACAGGAGACACCGGGCCUGGAUGCACCAGAAGGGCCUGGGGCCCCGGGACCAGGAUGGGGUGCGCCCACCCGGUGAGGGAAGCAGCACGGGGGCCUCCCCUGGGCCACCCCCAGGAGCCGAGGCUCUCCCAGAAGCAGCAGCUCUCGAGGCGUCAGAGUCUCCAGCAGAGACACUGGGGGAAGCCUCUGAAUCUUUCCCCCUAAGGUCGGGGGACUUGGGAGGAGGGGCAGGCCAGGGGGCCGAAGGACCCCCCGACACCCCUCGGAGAACAGGCAAAGGAAACCGGAGGAAGAAGCGUGCUGCAGGCAGAGGGGCUCUGAGCCGGGGAGGGGACAGUGCUCCACUGAGCCCUGGGGACAAGGACGAGGCCAGCCACCAGGAAGUCCCUGUCAGUCUGCACCCGCCAAAUGAGCACGAGCUCCCAGGAUGCAGCCCGCUUGAGGAGGAGCACGGAGGCUCAGGGAAGCCGGAGCCGGAGCUGAAAGAGGAACUCAAACCAGCAGACAAAAAAGAGCCUCAGCCCCCAGAAGCCUGCGGACCUCUAGGAGAGCCGGCCAGAGAGAAAGAUCCAGAGGGACCCAGCCUGGCAAGCGCGGCAGGACCCACAGGUCCAGAGGGGCUCGUGUCAGACCCACCACCACCACCCCUGGAGACGGCGCAGGAAGUGGGAGGGGCCAGCGUCCCAGAAGAGGACUCUCCGGUCUCCAUCUCUGAUGACCUGGAUGUAGCUUGGGACUUAAUGGCAUCUGGAUUCCUGGUCCUGACUGGAGGGGUGGACCAGAGUGGGCGAGCUCUGCUGACCAUUACCCCACCGGGCCCUCCUGAGGAGCCCCCACCCUCCCGAGACAUGCUGAGCACUGCUCUUCGUUACCUCCACUCAUUGCUCAGGCCUGAUCUCCAGAUACUGGGGCUGUCCAUCCUGCUGGACCUUCGGAAGGCACCCCCACUGCCUCCAGCCCUCAUUCCUGUCCUAAGUCAACUUCAGGACUCAGGAGACCCUCCACUCAUUCAGCGACUGCUGGUUCUCACUCAUGAUGAUCCUCUGACUGAACCCUGUGGGCUUCAGGGCGCUGAGUUGCUAUCAGAGAGUGAUCUGAAAAGAGUGGCCAAGCCAGAGGAGCUGCCGUGGGACUUGGCGGGCCACAGGGAACCCUCUCCCAGCUACUGGGUAGAGACACACCAGGAGGUGGCGAGGCUGUGCCGCCUGUGCCAAGGGGUGCUGUGCUCUGUGCGGCGAGCCAUCGAGGAGCUGGAGGGAGCAGCCGAGCCAGCAGGAGAGGAGGCCGCGGGAAUGCUCGAGCCCCUACAGAAGGUGCUGGCGGAUCCACGGCUGACGGAGCUGCAGAGGGACGGGGGCGCCAUCCUGAUGAGGCUGCGAUCCACCCACAGCAGCAAGCUGGAGGGCCCGGGCCCAGCUGCAGUGUACCAGGAGGUGGACGAGGCCAUUCACCAGCUUGUGCGGCUCUCCAACCUGCACGUCCAGCGGCGGGAGCAGCGACAGCGCCUGCAGCGACUCCAGCAGGUGCUGCAGUGGCUCUCAGGCCCAGGGGAGGAGCAGCUGGCAAGUUUUGCUGUGCCGGGGGACUCCUUGUCGGCCUUACAGGAGACGGAGCUACAGUUCAGGGCUUUCAGCACUGAGGUUCAGGAGCGCCUGGCGCAGGCCCGGGAGGCCCUGGCGCUGGAGGAGGACGCCGCCUCACAGAAGAUUCUGGAUGUCUUUGAACAGCGGCUAGAGCAGGCUGAGAGCGGCCUCCAUCGGGCCCUGCGGCUCCAGCGCUUUUUCCAGCAGGCGCACGAGUGGGUGAACGAAGGCGCGGCGCGCCUGGCGGGAGCAGGCCCCGGCAGGGAGGCGGCGUUGGCGGCCCUGGCCCUGCGGCGGGCCCCGGAGCCGAGCGCUGGCUCCUUCCAGGAGAUGCGGGCCCUGGCCUUGGACCUGGGCAGCCCCGCCGCCCUGCGCGAGUGGGGCCGUUGCCGGGCCCGCUGCCAGGAGCUGGAGAGGAGGAUCCAGCAGCAGCUGGGCGAGGAGGCGAGUCCGCGGGGCCAGCGGCGACGGCGGGCGGACAGCGCCAGCAGCGGGGGCGCCCCCCGGGGCCCCCACAGCCCGGCGCCCAGCCUCAGCUCCCUGCUGCUCCCCGGCAGCCCGGGCCCACGCGCUGCCCCGUCCCACGGCUCCCUGGCGCCCUGCGGCGAGGACUGCGCCGACGAGGGCCCGGACCCGGCUGCGGAGGCGGAGGCUGGGCCUGCGCGGCCGGUGCUCAUCCGAGGCUUGGAGGUGAGCAGCACCGAGGUGGUAGACAGGACCUGCUCGCCCCGGGAGCACGUGCUGCUGGGCCGCGCCGGAGGCCCGGAGGGGCCCUGGGGAGGAGGCACCCCCCGCAUGGAGCGCAAGCGGAGCCUCAGUGCCCAGCAGCGGCUGGUUUCAGAGCUGAUUGCCUGUGAGCAGGAGUACGUGGCCGCCUUGAGCGAGCCAGCGCCACCCCCGGGCCCUGAGCUGACUCCUGACCUGAGGGGCACCUGGGCGGCUGCCCUGGGCUCCCGCGAGAGGCUUCGCAGCUUCCACCGGACCCACUUCCUCCGGGAGCUUCAGGGCUGCGCGGCCCACCCCCUGCGCAUUGGAGCCUGCUUCCUCCGCCACGGGGACCAGUUCAGCCUUUACGCCCAGUACGUGAAGCACCGUCACAAGCUGGAGAACGGUCUGGCCGCGCUUGGCCCCCCGACCAAGGGCUCUGUGGAGAGUGGCCCUCACCUGCCCCGGGCCUUGGAGCAGCCCCUGGAGCAGCUGGCUCAGUACGGGCGGCUGCUGGAGGAGCUCCUAAGGGAAGCUGGGCCUGAGCUGAGUUCGGAGCGCCAGGCUCUGGGGGCUGCCGUGCAGCUGCUCCGGGAACAGGAGACCCGUGGCAGGGACCUGCUGGCCGUAGAAGCAGUGCGUGGCUGCGAGACAGAUCUGAAGGAGCAGGGCCAGCUCCUACACCGGGACCCCUUCACCGUCAUCUGUGGCCGAAAGAAGUGCCUUCGCCAUGUCUUUCUCUUUGAGCAUCUCCUCCUGUUCAGCAAACUCAAGGGUACUGAAGGGGGAUCAGAGACCUUUGUUUACAAGCAGGCCUUUAAGACUGCUGACAUGGGGCUCACAGAAAACAUCGGGGACAGCGGGCUCUGCUUUGAGCUGUGGUUUCGGCGGCGGCGUGCACGAGAAGCAUACACUCUGCAGGCAGCCUCCCCGGAGAUCAAACUCAAGUGGACCAGUUCCAUUGCCCAGCUGCUUUGGAGACAGGCGGCUCAUAACAAGGAGCUCCGAGUGCAGCAGAUGGUCUCCAUGGGCAUUGGGAAUAAACCCUUCCUGGACAUCAAAGCCCUUGGGGAGCGGACACUCAGUGCCUUGCUCACUGGAAGAGCCGCCCGCACCCGGGCUUCCGUGGCCGUGUCAUCCUUUGAGCAUGCCGGCCCUUCCCUUCCCGGCCUCUCACCGGGAGCCUGCUCCCUGCCUGCCCGCGUCGAGGAGGAGGCCUGGGAUCUGGACGUCAAGCAAAUUUCCCUGGCCCCAGAAACACUUGACUCUUCUGGAGAUGUGUCCCCAGGACCAAGAAACAGUCCCAGCCUGCAACCCCCCCACCCUGGGAGCAGCACUCCCACUCUGGCCAGUGGAGGGAUCUUAGGGCUGUCCCGGCAGAGUCAUGCCCGAGCCCUGAGUGACCCCACCACUCCUCUGUGAGCCGGAGAAGAUGGAGAACUUGGCAACAGCCCCUCCUCUCAGCACGUUUCGGGCCGGGCCAGCAGUGGGACACAGUAGAGGACUGAAGAGCACUGAGUUCCUUCCCUCUGCUUCUUGGACGGAGACGAGGUCAAAGGACCAGCGCCUUGCCCUGCUGCUGUGUCUAGCUCUCUCCAGCCGGGUGCCUUCCUACAGGAGCCAAAGCGGCCACACUUGCUUGCCUUCAUACCUGGAAGCGGAGAAAUCCUCCGUCAUCCAGUCCUUCCCCAUCCUCCUGGGCCACCACGUACUCCCAGGACGCUGCCCCAUGGCAGCCCUCCCCUCCAGCCUGAGUUCUCCCCUUCGUCCGGUGCCACCCGGACUCUCCCUGAGAAGACUCCUCUCCUGCCAGGCCAGCUGCAGUUCCUGGCAACUCCGUCCUGGGGUGUCCUAGGAAACAGAGCUCUGCAAACCAUUACAGGAGUGGGGAGGGAGGGGGGGAACUUUAUACAUGUAAUUACUGUU